CGGCGCGCGGCCUGGGCUCGCGCUGGGCUCCGCGCGCCCCCCGCCCCCCUCUAUGAGGCAGAGGCCGCGGCGGCCGUUAGCGCUGUCGCUCCGGGGGCCGCGGCGGGCGGGGCUCCGGCGGGGCCCGGCCUAGUCCCCACCCCAGCCCGGCUCCCAGCCGCCCGCCCUCCCUCCCUCUCCCCGAUGCAGGGGGCCGAGCUCCGGGAUGGCGAGGCGGCGGCGGCGGCCGCUUCGUACCGCGUCCUGAGCCGCCUGCUCGGCUAUGGAGAGGCGGCCCCCGAGCCAGGCCCGCCGCCGCCGCCCCCGGGCCAUGGCCCCCCGCCGCCACCCUUCCUCGCGCGGCCCGGUCCGCGGGGCUCCCGGCCGCCGCAGCUGAUGGUGUUCCGCAACGUGGGUCGGCCGCCGGAGGAGGAGGACGCGGAGGCGGCCCCAGAGCCGGGACCCUCAGAACUGCUGUGUCCCCGGCACCGCUGUGCCCUGGACCCCAAGGCCCUGCCGCCGGGGUUGGCGCUCGAGCGGACCUGGGGCCCGGCGGCUGGACUGGAGGCGCAGUUGGCGGCUCUGGGGCUCGGGCAGCCGGCGGGGCCGGGGGUCAAGACGGUCGGUGCGGGUUGCUGCCCGUGCCCGUGCCCCCCGCAGCCGCCCCCUCCGCAGCCCCAGCCCCCUGCUGCCGCCCCGCAGGCCGGGGAGGACCCCACGGAAACGAGCGACGCGCUGCUGGUCUUGGAGGGCUUGGAGUCGGAGGCCGAGAGCCUGGAGACGAACAGCUGCUCAGAAGAGGAGCUCAGCAGCCCGGGCCGCGGAGGAGGAGGGGGAGGCCGGCUUCUGCUGCAACCCCCGGGUCCUGAAUUGCCCCCGGUGCCCUUCCCGAUGCAGGACUUGGUCCCCCCAGGGCGCUUCAGUAGAGGGGAGCAGCAGCAACCGCCCCCGCCCCCGCCUCCUCCCGGGCCCCUCCGGCCACUCGCGGGCCCUUCUCGGAAGGGCUCCCUCAAAAUCCGUCUCAGUCGCCUCUUUCGCACGAAGAGCUGCAACGGCGGCUCCGGAGGUGGGGAUGGGGCCGGCAAGAGGCCUUCUGGAGAGCUGGCUGCUUCAGCUGCGAGCCUGACGGACAUGGGAGGCUCCUCGGGCCGGGAGCUGGACGCGGGGAGGAAACCCAGGUUGACAAGAACUCAAAGUGCCUUUUCUCCGGUCUCCUUCAGCCCGCUGUUCACAGGUGAAACUGUGUCGCUUGUGGACGUGGACAUCUCUCAGCGGGGCCUGACCUCUCCACACCCUCCAACUCCCCCCCCUCCUCCGAGAAGAAGCCUCAGCCUCCUAGAUGAUAUCAGUGGGACGCUGCCUACAUCUGUCCUUGUGGCUCCGAUGGGGUCUUCCCUGCAGUCUUUCCCCCUACCUCCGCCUCCUCCACCCCAUGCCCCAGACGCAUUUCCCCGGAUCGCUCCCAUCCGAGCAGCUGAAUCCCUGCACAGCCAGCCCCCCCAGCAUCUCCAGUGUCCCCUCUACCGGCCCGACUCAAGCAGCUUUGCAGCCAGCCUUCGAGAGUUGGAGAAGUGUGGUUGGUACUGGGGACCAAUGAACUGGGAAGAUGCAGAGAUGAAGCUGAAAGGGAAGCCAGAUGGCUCUUUCCUGGUACGAGAUAGCUCUGAUCCUCGUUAUAUCCUGAGCCUCAGUUUCCGGUCACAGGGUAUCACCCACCACACGAGAAUGGAGCACUACAGAGGAACUUUCAGCCUGUGGUGUCAUCCUAAAUUUGAGGAUCGCUGUCAAUCAGUGGUGGAGUUCAUUAAAAGAGCCAUCAUGCACUCCAAGAAUGGGAAGUUUCUCUACUUCUUGAGAUCCAGGGUUCCAGGACUGCCUCCAACUCCAGUCCAGCUGCUCUAUCCGGUGUCUCGAUUCAGCAACGUCAAAUCCCUCCAGCACCUUUGCAGAUUCCGAAUCCGACAGCUCGUCCGGAUAGAUCACAUCCCGGAUCUCCCACUGCCUAAACCUCUGAUCUCUUAUAUCCGAAAGUUCUACUACUAUGAUCCUCAGGAAGAGGUGUACCUGUCUCUAAAGGAAGCGCAGCUCAUUUCCAAACAGAAGCAAGAGGCUGAACCCUCCACGUAGCGAGGGGCCCCCUGCUAGUCGCCACCAAGGGCAUUUGGUUGCCAAGCUCCAGUUUUGAAGAACCAAAUGAAGCUACCGUGGAGGGGAGUGAGGAAGAACGAGGGAACGGGAAGGGCGGAGACCCUCUGUGCAAGGACUUUGGCUCCCCUCGCCGCUCUGGGGCUUGGAAGAAGCACACAACCACACUCUUUGAGCGGGGGCUCCGCCUCUUCGUGUCCAGCCCCUGUGCUAUCCUGGAACUGGACGAGCUCCUUGGAAAACUGGAAGAAGUCUCAACACUGUUCCUUUUUUAGAAGUUUUGUUUUGGGUAUUUGCAUUUCUCCGUAUGGAAAACUUCCUUUAAAGGCAGCUGGGGUUUGUGCCCCAUUGGGCUGGAAGUGGCACCAAGGGCGAGACAGGUCCAUGGGAGGGGAGAGGAGGAGGGAUUGCCAGUGACGGUCAUUCAGCUGGUGCCAAAGGCAGAGUGCGCGCGUUCACCAUUGACCUUGAAGAAGGAGAGAGGAGGAGUCAGAAGUGUAAAUCAAGUGGGGAGUUUCUGAGAGAUGAGAAUCUGCCUCUCUUUAAGCAUGGGUAGCCUCAGUAGCAGCAGGAAAGAAAGGAGGGUGGGUGGUCUCGAACAGAAGACAGCUGAACAAAAACCGGCAAAGGGCCCGCCCCUGCUGGGGAAAGCAGUGGCUCCUCACAUCCUUUCCUUCUAAGGUUUUAAACGUGAUUUCAGCAUCACCUCUCAUAGAAGCUGUGCUAGUUUUGUCUUACGGAAUUCCUAAGUUCUGUGACCUCAAGCCAGUCCCAUUCUUCCUCCACCCGCUACCCUCCACCCCUCCCCUCGAGAUGACUGUACAUUUCACUCCGAUCAUGGCAACAUCGUUCCUAUUGCCUCUGCCAGCUGUCAAGGCAGUGGAUUUUCUCAUCACCUGAGCAGUUGAGAGCCCUCAUCGUGAGCUGCUGAAGUUAAUGGAGCAUGCUUCCAGAUUCUUAACGGCAGGCUGUACCCGUGACUUAGGAGUCAGUGGUACUUCCCUCCAUAUGUCUGUCAGCUAGUGAGAGGGAACAUGGAGGACGGUGAGAAACGAAGCUGUUGUACUUGUGCUCUUCCGAGAAGAAGCUCUCCAGUGUCUCAGCCUUAAUGGAACGUCAUUGGAUCAGAGAGGAGGAGAGCAUUACAUCUCCUGUUUUUAGGUUUAUCGCUGUUGUCCCACUUCCGUGACGGGAGGUAGCAAGAGCUUUUUUAUUUUCCUGUGUCUUUUCUAGCAACCCAAGCAUUUUCGUGAGUCAGAUCCUGUUGGCCCCCCUUCGUGGGGCAGUGUGUCAGAUGCUGAUUUGGGAGUUGCCCACCUUCCAGGUAGAAGUGGAGGAGGAGGGAGAAAGACUCCAGCGCUUUUCAGUGGUCUUUGAUUUUUUUUCUGAAGCGGGCCAUUGUCAAAUCAUACGAUAUUAUGAGUUUGCUUUUCUAUAGAGUUACUCUGGGGAGAGGUUUGCUAUUAAGAUGUGAAAAUCAAGCUAUUUUGGUCUUUAUUGUUCUUUUGUAGUAAUAUUCCAUUAGACUGCCUUUUUUGGUUCCCCUGUGCUUAUAUCUGCCUCAUCUCAUGAGAUAAAAUAAUAUGGUCAGGUUUGUGGUUUCCUGAUGGUUUGGGGGUGAGGCCCCAGUGUCUCAGUAAUUUAUAGGACUGUCUCAUCUAGAAGUGUUGGCCUUCUGCCUUAUGUCCUGCAUGGAAUGGCCAGUCUUCCUCCUUGUAGUGGGAUUGGGAGGAGACUUGCAGUGUUACCUGUGUGUAAGCAUAAGUAAAGAGGGGGCCCACAAAAUGAGCUUGUAGUGUAAACACAGCCCACCUUUGUUUUGUUGUGAGGUACCUCUUCUCUCCUUGAAUUCUGUGUGGUACUGCCCGCCAAUUAAGAUAGUGAUCCCAGAAAUUGGCUUAGUCUGUGAGUCUUGCCUCUUGGGGGUGCAGAUUAACUUGCCAUCUUGCAGAAAGUGCCACCCAACAGUAGACCAUAUAUCUGGAAUCCAGUGGGAUCCUUGAGUGGCUGAUGUGCAGCUCUUUGGGAUUCUUUUUUUUAUAUAUAUAUAUACCAUUUCACCCACCCAUCAUUUAAAAUUCUUUUUCUUAGUGUGUUUGCCUGGCUCUGGGCUAGAUACUGUGGAAAACACAAGAGGGGAAAGACAUGAUGUCUGGCCUAAGGGAUCUUUUAGGUGACUGCCGUCCAUGAAGCAAUUGGAGAAUGUGGCAGAAGAGUCAAGGGCUGUCUUUAAAGAAAUUCAGAUGGUUAAGAUCGGGGUAGAUGAGGUAGUCUAGGAGAGCUCUUUGGUGGCGGGGCGUUGGGUCCUGGGCGAGGGUAGGACAGUGAGACAGGAAACACACGAAUGGAAGGCUGGAAGCGGAAAUCUGCAGGCUGUGUGCUGAGUAGUGUGUGCAGCCCCAAUCCAGAGCAGCAGCGUCAGUCCCUCCUUUCUCAGUUUAGAUGGAAACUUCCUAGCAUCAGGCAGAUCUGAGUACUGAGGGCUUGUGAUGGUGAAUUGGAACCCAAAGCCAGAAGUCAGCUGGCUCCUGCCCACGACCAGGGGCCUCACUGCCCUCAGCACAGUCUGGGUGCUACCCUUUGUGGGACCAGGGGUUUCCGCUGGAGUAUUCAGACAGUCAGGUCUAGAAGCAAACCUUAGCUGAAGAGGCAUGACCCAACCUCACCACCGUCCUUCUUUCUCCUCCUGGCAAAGGGUAACAUAGACCUGUGUCCGUGAUCUGUUGGUGCGCUAGUCAUGGCCCAGGCUGUAGCCUCGUCCUUCCUCAGGGUGGGCUGUGAGACAGAGUUGCACAGAGGGGAGACAGACUCUCUCCGGAGAUGAGGGGGAAGAAGAGGCGGGAGUGGGGCAGCCGGCUGAGGGACCGGCCUGGUGAGAGAGCAGAGAGAGAGCAGGAGCGGCUGGCCUGUCGCCAGCACUUCCGCUCAGCUCUCCGGGCUGGGCCCACUCCUCCUUUGCCAGUUCUGUGUCGUGCUCGUUGAGAGGCGGUCCACAGACGGAACUCAUUCCUCUUUGUUGUAUUUUAAAGUCACAAACUGGAAAAGGUUCUCACCUCUAGGGACCCACCAUUGAUUUCUAAGUUGUGGAUGGGUCCUUGCUCGUGUGACCCUUACUUGUUAGUGGUCAACCUACUGCAACCUUCCUCAGGACAGGUGUGAACCACCGUAAGCUAGUGACAGCUACUGCUACAAUUUGCUGUUACUUGAAAUUCGCGUGCUGUGGCAGGAACACAGAGUGAGGAGGGUGGGGCUUUGCUGUGAGGACUAGGCAAGUGGGGGACGACUGGAAGUUUGGGACCAUUGACGGUGGCCUUCGCCUGUUGGCCAGCUGGUGCCUGGAUCUAGUGAAUGUGAGCCACGGGCGGCGGCGUGCAGGCCCCUGAGAGGAGAGGCUGGGCGGGAGCUCGCCACCAGGUUUCCUCUCCCCUUGUCCUUCCUUUCCCUGGGGCUCAUGGUGGCCCUCGCCAAGGAUGGGAGUGGUGUGGGGACGGCUACAAACACAGGGUGCCCAUCCAGGAAGAUCGGGGGAGCAGGGAUGGUGCUUGGUGUUGGCAGAUCCGAACGUGAGAGCCUAGAGGAGAGCUGGAUGCCUUGGGGUGCCCUCAGCCGAGGCCCUCAGGGGAGCCAGGCUGCUCGAAGCCCUCGGGUCCCAGCAGGAAAUGGGGAUGGGACUUUUCCCUCCAGUUACAUCCUUUUGCACUGAUGCCUCCUCCUUGGCCUCAGGCCCUGAAGUUGGAGGACUAGGUGCUGGGAUAAAGCUCCAUGGCUGCAGGAAGGAGGUCUGAAAGUCAGCGUGCGUCUGCGUGCGUGCGUGUGUGUGUGUGUGUGUGUGUGUGUGUGUGUGUCUUCAUUUGCGGAGGUCUUGCCACCAGUUGGGGUGUUGAGAGCAUCUCCAUCGUGGGGAGACCUGCCAUUUGUUUUCCACUUUUAAGAGAAUGACACGCCCCCUGUCCCUAAGGGAGGAGCUUCUGAGUUAGACAUUUUCCCUAUGGGAAUCCUCUUGGUUUGGUUUGUGGGAAAGGGGGGAAUGGAUAAAUGAUUUUUAUCUCUAAUUGUCAACACAGCUGUUCUUACACUGAAUUUGUGCUAUUGCAUACAUGUAGCCAUCUUUCUUUUUCACUGCAGCAGUGUUUAUCAGUAGUUCAAAAUGAUUUAUUUGCUCCUGGGGAGUAAAAUCUUUUUUAUUAAAAAA